AAACAUUACUCAUACAAACUACAAAGUACAACACCAACUGUAGCGCUUCUCUUUCACAUUCCUUUUUUUGUCUUUCUCUGUCCCCAAUUUUUCUUCACUCUCUCUCCCUACACACUACUAGUAGUCUAGUACCCUCCUCCAUCAUCCCUCCCAUCUCUUCUUCUUUAAAUUGCUCCUAAAAUACUUCCUUUUUUAUCACACAAGAGCUCAACUUUAGAGUGCCAUUUUCCCAAUUACAUCACAUUCCGUCUGCAAACUGCACAUUAAUAAUAAUAAUAAUGAUGGACGCUUCGUCGCCAUUAUCAACUCCUGUUCCCCCACCCCCUAAAUCAUCCACAAAAACAGCACCACCACAACCGCCAUUGAAGAAAAACUUGGUCACUUCUUUAAUGGAAGUUGCAUCUUUCCGCACCCUCUCUUUCAAAGAAGACACUUACAUUGCCUCCAACCUUAAGCCCUCCGAAAAGAAGGCCCUUCAGGACCUCAAAGACCGGCUCCACCAGUCCUCCUCCGACGGUGCCGAUUCAUCCUCCUCCAAAUUCUCCAUGUGGGGUGUUCCGUUGCUGGGAGGGGACGAGAAGGCGGACGUCAUCCUGUUGAAAUUCCUCCGGGCCCGGGAUUUCCGGGUACCCGAAUCCCACCAGAUGCUGAUGAAAUGCUUGGCCUGGAGGAAAGAUUUCGGGGCGGACAACAUCCUGGAGGAAGAUAUGGGCUUUAAAGAACUGGAAGGUGUUGUGGCCUACAUGAAGGGCUACGAUCGAGAAGGGCAUCCCGUGUGUUACAAUGCUUAUGGAGUUUUUAAGGAUAAGGGAAUGUACGAGAGAAUCUUCGGUAAGAAUAACGUUGAUGAACACGAGAAAGAGAAGCUGAAGAAGUUUCUGAGGUGGAGAGUUCAGGUGCUGGAAAGAGGGAUUCAGUCUCUGGAAUUUAAGCCUGGCGGUGUUAAUUCCAUCAUUCAGGUCACUGAUCUUAAGGACAUGCCUAAAAGGGAAUUAAGGGUGGCUUCCAAUCACAUUUUGUCACUCUUCCAGGAUAAUUACCCCGAAAUGGUGGCUCGAAAGAUCUUUAUCAAUGUUCCAUGGUACUUCAGUAUGUUGUAUUCCAUGUUCAGUCCAUUUCUCACUCAAAGAACAAAGAGCAAAUUUGUCAUCUCCAAGGAGGGGAAUGUUGCCGAGACACUUUACAAGUUCAUUAGGCCCGAGGACUUGCCAGUUCAAUAUGGUGGCCUCAGUCGGGCGGAGGACUUGCAAGGCGGACCACCAAAACCGGCAUCGGAGUUCACUGUUAAAGGAGGAGAAAAAGUCAAUAUUCAAAUUGACGGCAUCGAGGUAACCAAUUAUGUGUAUUUCAUUAUUGGGUCCUCUUAUUAGCCUUUUACUACCACAGUCGACUAGAGUAGUAGUGUAGAGUUCUUAAAAGUACAUAUCAUUCUCAAAUUCACUUUCGCAGUUUUGCUUUUAAGCAUUUUUGACGAGGAAAUUAAUUCAUGCUACUACUUUUUUUUUAUCUAGUAGUAGUAAUAUUUACUGCUUCAAAUAAUUGAUCAUAAUUGUGUGGAGCUGUGGAUAAAGAUUUGAAUUUAAAGGUUCUAGUUUUGCUGAUGUGAUGUGAACGUGUUUGAAAACGUUUGACGUGGUUAAUUUAAGGUUAGGGUACUUGUUUGCUGAGCAAUUCUUAUUUAAAUUAUAUUAUUAUUAUUAGGCCGGAGCAACGAUAUCAUGGGAUUUGGUGGUGGGAGGGUGGGAAGUGGAAUACAGUGCGGAGUUCGUACCCAACGGCGAAGGCAGCUACACCAUUGCCGUGGAGAAAACAAGGAGGAUUCCGGCGAACGAGGAGCCAAUUCGCAACACCUUCACCCCAAGAGUGGCCGGAAAGUUGGUGCUUCUGGUGGACAACACCGCGUCUAGGCGGAGGAAGGUGGCUGCUUAUCGGUAUAUAGUUCGCAAGUCAAUGGCCAUGUAACAACAUUUGAUGAAUUGAUUGCUAGAAGGCCACGAGUACCACAAUAUUAUCAAUCAUCAUCGUCAUAAACAAUAUCUUUUUGGGUUGAUUUUCCUUUUGUUUGAAUCCUUUUUGUGGGGGUUUGGGUGUUGAGCGUUAACAUAUAUAGUAAUUUUUUAGUUUAUGUCUGGAAUAUUAAUUUAGCAGCAGCAGUAGUAAUAAUAUAUAUGCAGUGACGGUUGAGUAGAAAAUCUAAAAUAUAAGACGGGCGUAAGGAUUAAGGAGUGGUAUUUGCUUGAUAAAUGUAUAAAAUGAGUAUGGUGGAGUGGAAAUUAGUGCUUAUUAUCAUUUUCAUGAUAUAUUAAUGUUUGGAUGUGCCUGUUUCGAAAUAAUUAUUCAAUUUAAGUUUUUUUUAUUAUUUUUAUUAUAAUUAGUUAAAUAAAAAUUGACGAUAAUUUGGUGAUAAAGAGUAGUA